UAACGGUGACUAGUAAAACCGAAAUGACAAAAAUUUGGGGUUUAGGGUUGAGCCAAACCGCCAAAUAGCUGUUGCACCACCUUCUCCAGCCGCGAAAUCACGCCUUCCACCGUCCAAGGCCGUCGGCCUCCCCCCGCGUUCCAGUGAUGAAGAUAGCAGUAGAAGGAUGCAUGCACGGAGAUUUGGAUAAUGUAUAUGCUACUCUUUUACACCUGCAAGAAGUCGAAAAAACCAAAAUUGAUCUUCUCAUUUGCUGCGGGGACUUUCAGGCUGUUCGGAAUGAGAAAGAUCUGGACAGUUUAAAUGUUCCGCCCAAGUAUCGGACAAUGAAAACUUUCUGGAAGUAUUACUCGGGCGAAAAAGUUGCGCCCAUUCCAACUAUAUUCAUUGGUGGGAAUCAUGAAGCAUCGAACUACCUUUGGGAAUUGUACUAUGGUGGAUGGGCUGCACCGCAAAUCUACUUUCUUGGAUUUGCUGGAGUAGUCAAGUUUGGAAAUGUUCGCAUUGGUGGACUUUCUGGAAUUUAUAAAGCAAAUCACUACUAUUCAGGACAUUAUGAGAAGCUGCCUUACAAUGAACAAGACAUCAGGUCUAUAUAUCAUGUGCGCGAGUAUGACGUACAUAAGCUCGUGCAAGUGCAGGAGCCCAUUGAUAUAUUUCUUUCUCAUGAUUGGCCUUGUGGAAUUACUGACCAUGGGAAUGUGAAAAAACUUAUACGUCAAAAACCCUUUUUCGAGAAAGAGAUUGCGGAAGGGACAUUGGGAAGUCAAGCUGCCGCAGAUUUGAUGGCUAAAUUGAGGCCUUCUUACUGGUUCUCCGCACAUCUACACUGCAAAUUUCCUGCUCUGGUUCAACAUGGCGAUGGUGGCUCUAUAACAAAAUUUCUUGCCCUUGAUAAGUGCCUCCCUGGAAGAAACUUUUUGCAGAUUUUUGAAAUAGAAUCAGAGCCAGGGCCUUAUGAACUCCACUAUGAUGAAGAAUGGCUUGCAAUCACAAAGAAGUUCAACCCAAUCUUCCCUAGGACUAGAAGGCGUGCAAAUUUUAGUGACGCUAAACUCAACAUGGAAGAGUGCCGUCAGUUUGUUAAGAAUAAGCUGCAAAUGCGAGGGAGCACACCCUUUGAGUUUGUUCGAACUGCACCUUGCCAUAAUCCACAUCAGUCUGUUGCUAGCAAUUUCCCCUCUGGACAUUGUCGGAACCCUCAAACCGAAGCUUUCUUAGAGUUGCUAGGACUUCAAUAUUGCCUCGACGCUUAUUCUGAAUCACGGGAGCUACCUCAAAGUUCUGGAUCACUUCUUUCGAAAGAAUCCUUUGGUAGUGAAGAUAUUCCAAUUGACGAUAUAGAUGAUGACGACGAACUCAAUGGAUCUGACGAUGGAGAAACAUAGAACGAAAUUCAUCAAACAAUGUCCAGUCAGGAUGCAUACGUUGCAAUUGGACGGUCACUAAUGCCAUAGAAAUCACCAAGGUCGCGUGAUCUACUGAUAUCGCUGUCUAUGCCAUAAGACGGGACCUAGGUCAGCUGCUGUACCGACAUUCAUGAUAUCGCUGUCUACAUGUAGUCUUCCCAAUAGCUAAUCGAAGUGGACAUGCCAUUAUUGGAGAAGGGAAUGGGACAAGCCCUUAUGUUGAUCUCAUAGUUUGUAUGUAGAAGAUAUUGGCAAUCCUGACAAAUUCAUUAUGCAAUAGUUUGUAUGUAGAAGAUAUUGUCAUACUUAAUAUUCUUGCCAAUAGAUGACAAGUUCCGGUUAACAACUCUAUGCAUUGCUUUUCUUGGUGAA